AUGGCUGAGAAGCUAGACAAGAAGGAAGACGACAUCUACGCCGACGUUGAGGUCCUGCCUCCUGUCUCCGACGACGCAGAUGACUCCUCAAAAGACUCCAACCUCGGUGAGAAGGUGACCCCGGUUCGUUCAAGGGACGAGCUCUUCUACGACCCCGCCGACGAUGACUCGGACGACCACAUCAUCCGCACUGGCGAAGACGUUUCCAACUAUCUCAUGUCGCUCCGCGACGACGGCGAUCCGAGCUUGACAGUCCGCAGCUUCAUCAUUGGCACCAUCAUGGCCGUGUUCUCUUCGGCCGUGUCCCAGAUCUACGCGUUCAAACCCGCCGGCGGCGGUUUCUCGACCAGUUUCAUGAUCAUGAUCAUCUGGUUUCUUGGACGAGGCUGGGCGUUCCUGGUUCCCCGCGGCGACAAGCUGGAGAAGAAGUGGCGCGAGAAGCACGGCGAGGAAGCUCCCCUGCCGUGGUGGGUCAAGCUGUUCAAGUUCCUCAAUCCGCGUCCGUUCGGGCUGAAGGAGCACGCAGUAGCGACGCUGUUCGCCUCCUCGUCCUCGAACGGGACGGCGAGUAUUACUGUCUUCACGGUGCAGGACCUGUUCUACGACCUGCCCAUCUCAGCCACUACGGUCGUGCUCUCGACGCUGAGUAUUGGGCUGUUCGGGUACGGCCUCACGGGCCUCCUCCGGCCCAUGACUGUGUGGCACCCUGAGGCCGUGUACUGGAGCAAUCUGCCGCUCGUCAAGAUUCUGCAGGGCCUGCACUGGCACAAGGUGCGCGACUCGAAGCCCCUGCGGUGGUUCUGGUACGGCCUCGCGGGCAUGUCGGUGUAUGAGGUGUUCCCGAUGUACGUGAUUCCGUGGCUGAACAGCAUCUCGAUCCCGUGCCUCGCCUCGAUGAACGUGACGGGUGAGAAGGCGCAGAUUCUCACGAACGUAUUCGGCGGAGCACUGUCCAACGAGGGCAUGGGACUGCUCAACUUCUCCCUCGACUGGCAGUACAUCGGCUCGGGAUCGCUCGUGAUGCCGAUGAAGUACCAGGUCAACUGCCUCAUCGGCCUGCUCAUCUGCUACGUCUCAAUCACGGCGGUCUACUACGGCAACGCCUGGGACGGGCGACACCUGCCCUUCAUGUCCUCGCUCCUGCGCACGCAGGACGGCAAGCCGUACAAGACCGCAAAGGUGUUUGUGAAUGGGCUCCUGGACAAGGAAAAGUUGGCCGAAUACGGCCUGCCCAAAGUCGCGAGCACGUAUGUGUGGGGCAUGUUCUGCGGCAACAUUGCCAUUGGCGCGUUGUUUGCGCACUGUAUCCUAUUCUGGGGCCCGGACAUUGUCGCCGUCAUCAAGAACUUGCGGGUGGGCAAGUAUGACGAUCGCCACCACGCCGCCAUGGCCAAAUACAGGGAGGCGCCUUGGUGGUGGUACGCGUCGCUGCUCACGUUCUCGUUCGUCAUUGGCAUGAUCGUCGUCACGACCCAGGACGUCACCCUCAACGCGUGGACGUACAUUGUCGCGCUCCUGCUGGGAAUCGCCAUUGCGCCGUUGAGCACGCUCCUGUUCUCCCGUUUCGGAAACGGCAUUGCGACCAACACGCUCAUGAAGAUGGUCGCUGGCGCGUGCAUGCCUGGCCGCCCGCUCGCGAACCUCUACUUUAGCGCGUGGUCGCACUCGGUCAUCGCGCAGAGUCUGAACCUAGCCUCGGACCUGAAGAUGGGCGAAUACCUCAAGAUCCCACCCCGGGUUAUGUUUGCGACGCAGGUGUAUGGCACGGUGACAGGCGCGUUCGUGAGCUACGGCGUGAUGCGCGCCGUGGUGGACAGCAAGCGGGACAUCCUCCUGGAUCCGAACGGAAACUACGCCUGGAGCGGACAGGGCUACCAGUCCUCGAACAACCAGGCGACGACGUGGGCGCUGAGCCACUACCUCUACAGUGCGGGGAAGCCUUAUUUCCUCGUCCCGCUCGGUCUCGUGGUGGGCUUCGCGAUCUGCGUCGUGCACUGGCUCAUCAGCCGCAAGGUCAAGAAGAUUGGCAGCUGGGACUUCCACGACUUUAAUGUCGCCACGAUCGCCAUGAACGCGGGCUGGAUCGGGUACCAGGCCACGCAGACUAGUACCAUCACCUCUGGGAUCAUUGCCGGCUUCUUCGCCCAGGGGUGGCUCCGCACACACCGCCCCAGGAUCUUCAAGCGGUACAUGUUCCUCGUCACUGCGGGGUGGGAUGGCGCGGCAACACUCGUGCUCUUCAUCCUGUCGUUCGCCGUGCUGGGGGCCGGAGGCCCGAUGAUCAACUUCCCCGACUGGUGGGGCAAUCCGCAGAGUGGAUACCCGGACCACUGUCCCAAGGUCAGUCCGUAG